AGUUGCUGCUGGCUCGGUUGGGGCGAUACCUGCCCUUGUGUGUUGGCCUCUCCCCGUCAUGUCGACCCUGGAGAAGCACCUGCACCUGGGCCGCCUGCCCCCCAGGCCCGCCGUGCCCGGCGGGGGCGGCCAGUCCGGCUCCAAGAUGCGCAUGGGUCCUGGAAGGAAACGAGACUUUUCCCCAGUCCCGUGGAGCCAGUACUUUGAAUCUAUGGAAGAUGUUGUGGUUGAAAACGAAAACGGCAAGGAUACUUUUCGAAUUUAUAAAAGUGGAUCGGAGGGCCCUGUCUUACUUUUGUUGCAUGGCGGAGGCCAUUCUGCUCUUUCCUGGGCUGUGUUCAAUUCUGCGAUCAUUAACAGGAUUCAGUGUAGGAUUGUGGCUUUAGAUCUCAGAAGUCAUGGUGAAACAAAAGUUAGGAAUCCUGAAGAUCUGUCUGCAGAAACUAUGUCAAAAGAUGUUGGAAACGUGGUUGAAGCUAUGUACGGGGACCUCCCACCUCCGAUCAUGCUGAUUGGGCACAGUAUGGGUGGGGCCAUUGCAGUGCACACAGCAGCAUCCAAUUUGGUACCCAGUUUAUUGGGUCUUUGCAUGAUUGAUGUCGUGGAAGGCACAGCCAUGGACGCACUGAACAGCAUGCAGAAUUUCUUACGGAGUCGUCCCAAAACAUUCAAGUCAAUUGAGAAUGCAAUUGAGUGGAGUGUAAAAAGUGGACAGAUAAGAAAUCUCGAAUCGGCCAGAGUUUCUAUGGUUGGCCAAGUCAAACAGUGUGAAGAUGCUGCUAGUCCUGAGGUCCCUAAAGCUAUAGUGGAAGGGAUUAUUGAGGAGGAGGAGGAGGAGGAAGAGGAAGAAGACUAUGAAGGAAGAGGAUCUGUUAACAAAAGGAAGAAGGAAGAUGAUACAGAGACAAAAAAAGAACAUCUGUAUACAUGGCGAAUCGAACUGUCGAAAACAGAAAAGUACUGGGAUGGGUGGUUCAGGGGCUUAUCUAACCUCUUCCUCAGUUGUUCUACUCCGAAGCUGCUGCUUUUAGCGGGUGUUGACAGGCUGGAUAAAGAUCUAACAAUUGGACAGAUGCAAGGAAAGUUCCAGAUGCAAGUCCUCCCUCAGUGUGGCCAUGCAGUCCACGAAGAUGCUCCAGACAAGGUUGCUGAAGCUGUUGCAACUUUCUUGAUCCGUCACCGGUUUACAGAACCAAUUGGUGGAUUUCAGUGUGUGUUUCCUGGUUGUUAAUAUCCUGAUGUUCUCCAGCACUGAGUUCCAUUGUAAAUAAACUGCACCAGAGGCCACUGUGAUGUAUCCAUAUCCUUCUCAUCUAUCCAGUUCAGCAAUGACAAGAAAUUGGCCUGAGAUCAGUCCCAUAGAGCUGGUUUCUAGGAAUUUCCUUGCCGGAAGGCAGCUCGUAUCUGAGUCCUUGCGAAGCUCGUCAGCCUCUUGGACACAGGCUCCUCUCCGCUGCUGCAAGGAAAGACAACCUGAAACCCCGAGUAGUAGAACAUCUCUCUUAUCUCCAUGAAUCCUCAGGCUUUGUUGAACACAACCACUAAGGGGCUUUGGGCAGAUAUGAUUCCCCAAAGGGCAUUGCAGCUAAUCUGAAGGCAUCAGGAUUUCUUCAUGGAACUAUAUGGGAAAUGCCCAUCAACUCCUUUUUUUUUUUUUAAUGCAUGUGAGGAACCGGCUUCUUUGAGAGUUUUUCAUCUCACCAGGGCCGGCCAUAUAAUUUUAGGGCCUGUAAAUUGUGGGGGAGAGAACCGACUGCGCUAUGAACUACCUUCCCUUCUAGUUCCACUAAGGGUGGGACUGGGAAAAUGGGACCAUGAGCUCCUUUGAGGGGUCCUGCUGCUUCCUCCACAGGUUCACUCCCGGGGUGUCUCUGGAGAAUAGCCUCAGCUGGGGCUCUACGUUUAAAGGGGAAGCCACAAUAUCACCAGUAACCUCAUGAUCUGUCACAAACAGGCCAGUGGCCAUUCUCUGCUUGUGGAGUUUCUGCCUACCUGGUUCUGCACCUCUUGUCACCACACACAAGUGAGUGGAGAUUGACACCUCGGGCAGCUGUUUUUAGGAGGAGACUAGACCGACCAGGCAGUGGCUGGAAUGCUGAGCUAGCUAGCGGUAGGGAGAGAGAGGGACUUGGAGGAAAAUCCCACCAACAGUCUGACCCUGGCCCAGGCAGUUGCUUGCCAUGCAUGUGUGAGGCCCUGCUCAGUGUAUUGUGGGAAAGUCCCUGUUCUGUAUUUGAUGUUUAGCACUGAUCAGCUACAAGCCUUUAUUCAUGCAGUAGCUCUGAGAGAGUUUCUUCAGGGCACAGGCCAGCCCUGGAUAAUUUGUUAGAUCCUUUUCACCUCCUAUGAAAUCCCCCACGAGAGCAAUAGAGCACUUGCACGUGGAGCUAUUUGCAACAAUAUCUUGAUGUUCUUGAACUAAUAAAAUUGCGGCUUUAUUCCUUAACCCUUUCAUGCUGAGUGAUGAAGUGACUCUGCUAGUUGAAGCAUAGCUCUGGUACUCGCCUGGUCUUGGAGAUGUAAUGGCUGUGGGCAUAUCCUACGACAGGCCUAGUCAAUCCUUGACGUUUGUGCUGUGCUGGUAGGGAUGGGGGGGAAAUGGCACAAAUAGCGGGGAAAGCCCAGCCACGCAUAAUGUUUACCCUGAGGGAGAACUACUGUUCUCUUCUUCUGUCUCAUUCACACACACACUAAGGGCUUGUCCACACUACCUGCCAGAUUGGCGGGCAGCGAUGGAUCCAGCAGGGGUCAAUUUAUUGCGCCUAGUCUAGAUGUGAUAAAUCGACCGCAGAGCGCUAUCCCAUCGACUCGGUACUCCACCAGAACGAGACGUGCAAGCGGAGUUGACGGGAGAGCGUCAGCUGUCGACUUACCACAGUGAAGACACCGCGGUAAGUAGAUCGAAGUACAUCAACUUCAGCUAUGCUAUUAACAUACCUGAAGAUGCGAAUCUUAGAUCAACCCCGCGCAGUAGUAUAGACAUGCCCUCAGUGCUGAACUCUUCAGCUGUGGCCUGGCUGCGCAUUCCCCCCUGGGCCACCAGAGUCUGAAACCACUAGAUUAGAAACGAGAAUUUGCAAUUCCAGGUGAGUUCUGCGUCCAUGCGACACUUAAGCGACUGAUGCUGAGGUACUAAACAAGUAAUUUUUGGCUCCUUGUAUAGCCCUCCCUAUCAGUGUCAACCUGGCAUUGCUUCACCAUGUGAUUCUGCUCACUGACCAAUAAGGACCCAGGACUAAGUCUAUUCCAGUUUGUCUGCUGAUUAGUUUCAUGGUUUCCAAUAAUGGAGAAGUCAGUUUAUAAUUGGAAAACACAACAAAAAAACUCCCUUUCCCCCACUGCACGU